AUGGCUCCCAAAACAUUAAACGACCUCAAACGCAAGGACCUGUUCCAGCAAAAAGGGUACAUCAACGAGGAAUGGGUGGACGCGGCGUCCGGGAAGACAUUCGAUGUCUACGACCCAGCCACCCUGAACAAAAUCGCAACACUACCAGAAAUGGGGGCCGAAGACACCAAUAAGGCCGUCGAGGCAGCAUACGCCGCAUUCAAAACCUACAAAAAAACCACCGCCCGACAACGGGCACGAUGGCUGCGCAAAUGGAGCGACCUCUGUCUCGAAAACGCCGACGACCUCGCACUGAUCCUGACGCUCGAGAAUGGCAAAACUCUGGCCGAAGCAAAAGGAGAAGUAACAUACGCAGCAUCCUUCCUCGAAUGGUUCGCCGGCGAAGCAGAACGGGUCCACGGCGAAGUCGUACCAUCAUCAAACCUCAACCAACGUAUCCUGACAUUCAAGCAACCGGUCGGUGUCGCGGCUUGCCUGAGCCCCUGGAAUUUUCCCAUUGCCAUGAUCACACGGAAAGUGGGAGCAGCGCUCGCUGCCGGCUGCACAACGGUCUGGAAGCCAGCAGGCGAGACACCAUUGAGCGCGCUUGCGCAGGUUAUCCUCGCGCGAGAGGCCGGCUUCCCCAAGGGCUCGAUCAACGUCAUCACCACUCUGGACAAGGUGGCUGAGGUCGGAGAGGCCCUUUGCAAGAACAAAUUGGUUCGAAAACUGAGUUUCACCGGAAGCACUCGAGUUGGUAAACUUCUCGCAAGUCAAUGUGCCGGCACGCUCAAAAAGCUCUCUCUCGAGCUGGGAGGGAACAGUCCGUUCAUCGUGUUUGACGACGCCAAACUCGAAACAGCAGUGGAGGCAUGCAUUAUGGCCAAGUUCCGUAACUCGGGCCAGACUUGUGUGACGGCAAACCGCAUAUUCGUGCAGAAGGGAAUCUACGAUAAAUUCGCCGAGGCCUUGACGGCAAGAAUUAAGACACUUAAAGUCGGCCCUGGUACCGAGGAUGGGGUAUUUGUGGGGCCCUUGACGCACGAACGUGCCGUCGAGAAGGCUAUGAAUCAUAUCAAUGAUGCAAAGAAACAUGGUGGCCAAGUCGUCCUCGGAGGAGGCCCCUUGACCGACUACAAGGGAUAUUUCCUCCAGCCGACCAUCAUCAAGCACAUGAACCGAGAAAUGAUCACCACCCGUGAAGAAACAUUCGCUCCGGUCGUCGGUCUGUAUGAGUUCGACACCGAGGAAGAGGUUCUCGAAAUGGCCAACGAUUGCGAUGUGGGUUUGGGAAGCUUCAUCAUCACGGAGAAUAUCCCAAGAGCAUGGCGAGUAACGGAAGCUUUGGAGGUCGGUAUGGUUGGUGUCAAUCUUGGGCUGCUAAGUGCAUGUGAGAGCCCAUUCGGUGGUGUCAAGGAGAGCGGUUAUGGCAGAGAAGGCGGCCGCCAGGGUAUUGAAGAGUAUCUCAGCGUGAAGUCGAUGCUGAUCAAUGUCGCGAACUGA